GACUACCUGUCCUCUCUGUAUUUGUAAUGUCUUUUGAAUGAAUCUAUCAACACAUGGUGUGCAUAACUAGGUUUCUUCUUCAGUUGUAUCUGUCUAACCAGGGGCUAUUGGUAUUGGUGGUAUAGAGCAGAUAACGGCUAAUACGUGUCGGAAACGAGCAGACCUGCCAGUGUAAUAAGAGCAGACGACAAUCUCAAUUCAAGGAGUUCAGUUACGAAAGAUCGGAGUUGUUUUAGCUCUCGCUUUGACGUGCCGCCUCCCAGGAUGGGCUGAACUAUACACUACACUUCAGCGCUGACUGGAAUUCACACAACUGAAAAAAGGCAGACGAUAGAUUUGAUAGCAGACGAUAGUCAUGCUGACAUUUCAUGCUGUGUGUUCGGACGAUACCGCUUGUUUUAAUUUCACUGGGACUGUCGACAUUCUUAAGGAAAGAAAACUACAACCUGCGCUGUCAUGGAUACAGAGGAUGACGAUGACGUAAUUCCGUUGCUGUGUCUGCGGCUGUCGUGACGUAAGAUCUUGCGACUGGUGUAGGGGGCGUCAAGGUAGAUGCCGCGAGUGGUUCCGGUGUAGAAUGUUUGGCGUGAAGACGCCCAUAGCCAGAUGCAGACCGACCAGCCGACAGAGGGACUUCGACACCGUGCGGACGAUACUGUCACGGAGCAAAGUUGGUGCCAGUUGGACUCCAUAUGUGAACCAGAAACAAGGGGAUGUUUACUAUGUGGAUGUGGAGAAGCCCAGCAGGACAGACAAGGUCACAAAUGACUCCUACCCGUACUUCCAAAGAUUUGCACCCGAGUCAGUAAAUCAACACAACGGACAUGGCAAUCCUGAUAUUCCCAAAGGAGAUGUGGACUCACUUCAGAAACACUGUGAUCGUGGCAGUAUAUCUAGUCAAGACAGAGCUCUCAGUGAGAGAGGAAAACUGUCGCAGAGAAACCAAAGAAAUGAAGAUGUUCAUAGGAAUGAGGAGGUUACUGACUUCAGACAUUUUGGGAAAGAUGCUGAUGAGAGAAAAAUGUGGAAGGAUGAAAACUUCAAUGAUAGGACUAGUGGUAGCAGUCACGGCAGUGGUAGCCAUUUUGUACGCCAUGGUAGCAUGGAUAGUUUUGAGGAAUACAGAGAUAUGUCGGAGUCAGUUCAAUCACGAAAAAGUUACGAUGUUGAAAGAUGGAAGGAUGUUGUUCUUGUGCCAGAUUUCCGAACAGUGAGGAGAGAUGAUGGAGGGGUCUUGUUGUGUGAGAAACUCUUCGGUGUCAUUUUGUUCCAAUUCAAUCACAAACCGGGAUCAGGAAGGUCACGGAACAGUGAGUCGAGGGAGGUCCUCAAAGACAGAAAGGUCAUUGUUCAAGGGGUGGCGCCCAGAACGGCUGCUGAGAGGUCUGGGAAGAUACACAGAGGUGACAUGUUGAUCUCAGUGAAUGAUAAUGAGGUUACGUGGCUAAAUAUUGACAAGCUCUUCCAGGUUAUCCAGCCAAAAAAGAAUGUGAAGCUGACACUUCAGUCCCCUGUGAUUGUGGGCCCCAAGCCCCCAGUCCAUCCGCGGCCACGCUUCCCCCGACAUGACAUCUAUAGACGAGUGACUGGCCAUAGUGUGAAGGAAGGACAGAAGAACCUGAGUGCUUCCACGUACACUCUGCUGUAUCUCACCUUGACCGAGUCAUCAGAGGAUUCCAGCUCUACCAUGGACGAAGUUGUGUACAUGUAUCCCCCAGAGAACAACAAACUGAUUGGUAUUCGGGGUCUGUUCCUCACCAUCAACUCAUCGCUAGUUGACGUCACUAACUUUAAGGCUAAAAACUCUUCCGUCCAGCAUCAAAGUGAAGUCAUCCAUCUUGCCUACAGUUCUGAGAACAAAGAUGUGCUGGUUCUUGGCCUUCCAGCUGACAGAGUGCCGCUUGCCCUGUUGAACCAGCUGAUGGAAGACAUCGUCAAGCUGCUCAAGUUCAUGUUUGGAGGCCUAGGCCGAGCGUUUCGAGACUGUGAUAAGGAGCAGCUGGACCAGCUGUUUGCCCUCACAUUUCACCAGCUCCUCACACCACGACCUGCACACCUCUCCCCUGUCAGUGAUCUCCCGUCUAGCUCCAAGCUCUUGUCAUCCCUCUCUGCAGUCCGCAGUCUGCACCUGGCUCAAGAUCAGGAGCUCAUUUGUGAUGAAAUACUCAGUGAAUUUGAAGCAGCAGAUUUUGAUGAGUUUAUGGAAGAGGAAGAACUGGACAACAGAAGAGCAUAUACAAUUCUUGGUUCCAGUUUGUUCUACAAGUGCUACCAGUUGUGCUCCCACUUGCCGAGUGCCGACUCCAGUGACCUUCACCUCUUCCUGCGACAUCAGAGUCUCCUUCACCUUUUGUCGCUGCAGUCUGUGGACGAGAUCGUCGUGUGGCAGGAGGUGUGGCCUACUUACCACCACCCUGGCACCCACGGCUACCCGACCCCCAAGGGCAGGUGCUUCCUCCUGGUUGUGGGCAUGAAACACUUCCUGCUGGGGUGCCUGCUGGAGAUGGGAGGGUGCACUCAGUGGGGGGCAGGGAAGAUGGCCCCCCACCCCCUGUAUGUCGACCAGGCCAAGGCCACACUGCUGCAGUUGGAGACUGACGAUGUCACCAUGGCGGAGUGGUGUGAGGAGAGAAUACUCUCUGAUGCAGGAAGUGUAUCUCUAGUUGGAGCUGAGCGUUACUUGGCUCGAUCCAAGAUUUCUAGGGAAGAGACCAUCUUGAUGUCCCCUGUCAAACCCAUGGGCUCACCGAAGAGUGCCCCCAGUCCUCUCAAGUCCUCUGUGGAUGGUGUAUUCAAGUACCGCUCUAGUCCUCUAGCUGACAGGAAGCCAGGCAGCGAGGGUGACCCAGAUCGUAGUCCCAGCACAGAACACUCCACUCCGGUGAUGACCAGACAGGGCAGCAAACUCUCCUACGGAUCCAACGACUCUGGCGGAAGUGGCAGCAGUACAGGCGCACCAAGGAGUAAAUCUAGUCGGAAGAGUUUCCAGAAUGACAUGUCAAGCAUCAGCAAGAGUCUGUCUGCUCUACAGGUGGAGGAGCUGCCUAUACACGGAGGCCACGCCAAAAUAACACGUGGUGGUGAGAACGUGUUGUUCCACUACGUCCAACUGCAUGACCUGGAGGGGGUGUACGUGACCCCGUCGGACUAUGAACUGGCCUCCGUUCAGGGAGCUAUCCACUCCCAGCUACUGGACAACUUCUACCGCUGCUCCCUACACAUACGGAAACUGUUCACCGAGCAGAAGCAGGUCCAGGCAUUUGCGCCGCUGCGUCCCCGGUUCGGUGUCGGCAGUACUCUGGUGGACCUGGAGGAGCAUGGGGUGAUGUUCAGACACGCGUACCCCACGUCUCCAGAGGCAAGGAAGAACACCACUGUCCUCUGCUACUGGGUGGUCGGUCGUCGGUUCCCUCUACCCGAUCAGCGCGAGUUGUACGUUUGUUUCCACGAGUCUGUGACACAGAGUCUGGUUGAGGUUGCCUUUAACCUGGGCUUUGGUGUCCUGGGUGUCACUUGAUGAUGGAUCUGCCUAGCACUGCCGCCGACAUCCUCCUCCUGAGGAGGAACCAAGGAUACCCACCACAGGAGUGUGUGUGUGUGCGCCUGUCAGAAAAUAUUGCCCUGGCUUUGUUUUGCAUUUGUGGCUAUAAUACUCAAGUACUGAUACCUACACACACGACACACUGAGGCACUGGUCUCACCUCAGUAACCAUGGUUACCUGGUGAUGUUCAGUGCCAGGAACAAUGUCCAUACAUAUACAUGAUGUCUAAUUGAAGCGCUCGUAAAAUAUAUCUUUGUGGAAUUAAUAUACUAGGGAUGAGUUCAAGUAAAUUCUGUUGACAUCCGUGAUGGUAAAAUAAGUUAACACAAAUUUAAUUUAAAAAUUAAUGCUGAGGAAUAGGAGAUACUGAAAUAUUAGGUAAUGGAGUGUAUUGAUAAGUUACAAAUAUGAAGUAGACAUUGAGGAACAAGGAAUAUCUCUACCUGUUUUGAAUGGACAUGUUAUUGUGAUGUUGCAAUAUACAGUAUUUAAUCAUAUAUGGCAUUAGUGGUGCAUGCGUAUCAGUCAGCAUAUUCCUCCAUACCUAUCAUCCAUUGCUGUCCCCAUCCAACACUGAUACAGGCUCCACUGUGGUAACUCGGAGCUGUUUGCAUGAAGCUGUUGGCAGAUGCAUUCCCAGUCAUGCUGAAUAGUUCUCUUAGCAAAUUGUACGUAUCAGAUUCUCUGUCACAUUCAGAAAUGAUGUUAUUCCAUUAUUUUGUGAAUAUUAUUUUCAUAUUUUUGUAUCUUGUGUGGCAAUACUCAGAAUUUGUAUUUGAUUUACCAACAAAUGACCACAGGUUAAAAUGUUUUGAACGUCGCUCGAACAGAUGGUGAAUAAGUAAAUUUGGUCACAGCUACUGGUAUUCUCUGACUGCUGUUUCACUCCAGUGAAGAAAUCCUUACCGCUGUGUAUCAAGUAGGCUGAUGCUUGCACGAGAUACAGCAGCCACACUUCUGUCGUAGAGACUGACUCUCAGAAACUAGUAGUGCUUGAAAUAAAAUACAGACGUCAAAAUAUAUGUAUCCCAAUUAUUAGUCCACAAUGCACGAUUUUGAGCUUGAAUAGUAUUAAUGUAAUUUGUACCUUAUGCUGUAUUACAUAUUGCACAUUGCUCUAGUGCAUCUACAGCUAGUAGCGUCUUCAGUACUCUUUUGUCCAACCUGCCCUCCGUGACAAGGACGUGCAUUUGGUAGAACACCCUACUGAUGGGAAACAGCAGUUACAGUCUGUGCUGUCCUGGCAGCUGAAGCAGUUGGGGAACCUGAAGGACCAUGUUCUUCACACGUUGCCAUUGCUGACUCAUCUAAGGAGACAGGAUCACCUGUCCACUUCAGCAUAGGAUCCAGGUUUUAAAGCGAUGUUGAUCAACCAACCAUGGACAUCGUCAACUCUAUUUGACUACGCCAUAGCCCCAGUGGUUGAGCAAGUGAAGAGAAUAGAGGACAGACAAGUCACACUUUCUACCCUUAGGUCGAUGAAAGACAAGUUCCAACCUACAGGACCACUCCAUGAUAUGCUGUACCAUCAGUCAGGGAGUGUGCGAAAACAAUGAUGACAUAUAGGGGCAUGUCUUCUGACACCUGAUGUAACAGAGGUAUUCUUGGGCAAAAGAGUGAAGACUCUACAAGAUCGUCAUUCAUUUCUUCCAGUUAGGAGUUCUAGUAAGAGCAAUGUGCAAUAUGUAAUGCAGGAUAAGUAUAUAAAAUAGACAUUAUGCUCUAAUAAUGUAAGUAUUCUGUUUCUGAGGAAAACAAUGUUCUAUUUUUAUAAAAUCACAAAGACCCUAAUGCACGAUUUGGCUACACGAUAGAUGUCAGGUGAUGAAUCCAAAAUGUACCUAUGCUUGUCGUAAGAGGCGACUAAUGGGAUCAGGUGGUCAGGCUCUGUGACUUGGUGGAUGCAUGUCAUCGAUCCCAAUUACAUGGAUCGAUGCUUAUAAUAUUAAUCACUGGAUUGUCUGGUCCAGACUCGAUUAUUUACAUACCACCGUCAUAUAGCUGGAAUAUUGCUGAGUCCGGCGUUAAACAACCAACCAACCAACCAAAAUGUUGAUAUGUAACAGUUCGAAGACCAUACUAUGCAAGUACCACUAAUCCAACCAAUUUGUGUCAUAGCAUAUUGUGUCUGUCGCGUUCCAUAUUGGGGUGUAUUGAUGACAUUCUUCAGCCUCACGUGCUGGGAGUCACGUUUCCUCUAAACAGAGAUAUCUGUAUGAAAGAAGCCAAAGUUUCCAUCACUUCUUGUCCGAUAUUGUAUCUUCUGUGAAUUCAGCUUCAGCUAAGUGUCAGCUUCAAAUAACGACACCGUCUUUCACCGCUGGGGCACACCAUGGGGUAGAGUCCCCGCAAGCUGGGACCAGUACACAGGUGCUAUGAUCUGGCUUGUGUAGUUCCGUGUUCUACAGUCAGUACAGUCAGUGUCUUGUUUAAGGUAAUGGCCGAGAACUGUUUGGUUAUUAAAAAUGGCUUGACAACUUCCACCUCAACUUAUUUUAUAAUUUAUUAUAUGAUUUGUGUUUGAUGCAGCAUUAUUUUAUUUCAGAUCUUUAAUGUGUAAAGAGUAAUAUAUCCUUUGUAUUCCAAUCAAUCAUUAGCUGUUUUACAAUCAACUAUUAUCCUUAUCAAGAACUCAUCUUCAUAAAUAGUAUUUUCAACAUAUUACACAUAAUAACUGUAACGUAUCUAUGUGGAUGUUAUAUGUAUACAAACAUAGGACUGAUAAGGAAAAUUACAUCUUAUGAUUUGUGAAUUGAGACAAAUCCAUGAUUUUAUGAAAUUACUUGAUAAAUACGGCUAGUAUGAUGCCCUUACUCAAGAGACUGUUGGAGAUUGAAAUCCUUGAAAUGAAAUAUAUGGUUAUUUAUAUAUAAUUAUAUUAAUUAUGUAAUUUGUAACGUGUCCUGUUCUAACAUUAUUUACCACAUGCACAAAUGCUCAUAUUCAUUGAUAAUCACACACAAACCUGUUUACUGUUUGUUAUAAUGGCUGGCUAAUUGAGUUUAAACCUUGAAUCAAAUUAUUUAUUCAAUUUAUCCUUAUACAAAUGACAGACUUGGCAACUGGAUUCCCUGUUCCGAAUCUGACACCACUACAAAUAUAAUCAAAUGAUGUGUCUGCCUGGGUAUUGCCCAGUAUAGAGUUAUCUGUAGUCAGUUUUAGUUCUCCUAAAAUCAAACUGUUUAUAACUGAACUAUAUAACUGGUUAUACAGAGCUGGAGUCUGUGAUAUGAACAUCAGGAGAUGCCCCUCCUCCACUCUUGUUACUACACUGUAUUUAUUAUCUACUUAAACGGACCAUUUUAUACACCCCCUGUUUUAUACAUGAUUCAACAUGUGUUGUUUAUGAGCUCCUGUAUUUUGUAUACAUGUUAUUUUAUAUAUUACCCAUUUGUAUGGAUAUAUCUUUUAUUGCUGCAGUGCUUGUUUUGAUAUGUUACUUUGGUCAAUUAUUUGUGUACUUAAUCAUGUUAAUAGAGCACAAAAUGUGACAGUGUUGUCCAUUGUGCUACAGGUGUAUCUAUUUGAUCUCUGUUGAAAUCCAUCCAACCAUUAUGAUAUUGACAUUUAUCGUUCAUGCCAUGAGUUUGUUCAUACGAGUUGUUCAUCUGAUUAUCGAUUGUUAAGAUCAAUAUUUUAGGUAUUUUAUCUACCUUUUUAUGUGACAUUUUACUUUCAGAUAGUGGGUAUAUUUGAAAAUUAUCUUAAGUUUUAGGGUGGAGUGAAAACAGGCUCUUCAUAAAUAUUGUAGGGCAACGGUGACCCAGUAGUCUAAGGCACCUCAAUUCGCUGUGUAGAGUUGCGUCCCUUUGGCACACCAGGAACUGUGAUUGUGGGUUAGAAUCCUGGUUCGUUCAGUUGAUUGUUUCUAGGUUUGUCAGCACCAUACCUAUGCUUUCAUUCCAGAUAAUGCUGACACGCCGUGAUAUACCUGGAAUACUGUUAAAAGCGGUGAUAACACUCAAUUCAUUCACUCCCUUCAAAUGUUGCAAUGUUGUUAUUUUCGAUAUCUGUUUGGGGUAUGGUUGUUCCUUGUCAUGCAAUAUGCUUCCUGGUGCCUCAAAUCUGCAUCCAUUGGGAGAUCUCCUAAAUGGUAAUCAUGGUAAAAUGAUUUAUUAACAUUGAUGCAUUUCAUGUGUACAAUGUUACUGAAUUAUGAUAAUUUUGUGUUUGCUUCAAAUGUUUGAAGAAGUGUUUAGAAAUAUAGGAUGAGAGUAGCUAGAAUACAAAUGAUUAUUAUCUUCAUACAGAUAAAACAAUGUCUAUGUUUGUUCAUAGUGUUGAUAUUCCUCGAAGUUCAUAUCUAUAAAACAUUUUUUUAAAUAUAUGUAACAUGUGAAUGCCCGAAAAGUGCCAUUAUGUGUGAGACAUGUGUAGAUAGUUCAUAAUGCCAAAUGUAGUCAAUAUUUAAUGUGAUGUCUGUCUUUGUGAUGUAUGCCAUUGUGAUGAAUGCUAUUGUGGUGCCUGUCAGUGUGGUGCCUGUCAUUUAGGUGCCUGUCAGUGUGAUGCCUGUCACUGGGAUAGGUGUCAUUUAGAUGCCUGUCAUUGUGAUGCCUGAUAUUGUGAUGCCGAUCAAGGCUAUCUAGACAGUGCCACAUCUUGAAAUCAAAUAUGUGACUAAGUGAUUGACUGUUUACCAUUCCCUUGCCUGUCAGCUGGCUUGUUGGCACCAGCGACCCAAAGAUUUGACAGUAGCAUUGUGCUCACAUGUUUUGAUGUGAAUAACAGAAACACCAUGUGUUCCUUGACUCAAGGGGUGCAGCUGUGAUUAUCAUCGGCAGCACAGAUCUAGGGGUGUUAUUUGAAUAGAUACACCCCUAGAUUCUCUUCAUCAUUAGGGCAAAACAAGGAAAUAACACCCUGGAAUGGUGUUCAUUAUUAGAUUGAAAUGAGGGAAUAAUUUCCUGGAUAUAUCUUCACUCGGAUUUUGCAACAUCUCCAUUCUCAGGUGUUCUCAUGGCUGCCAAUUUUCAAAAAUGCUGUUCCUUCCCACCGAUCCUCCUCCUGUCACCUUUGUACUGGUAUUGUUGUGUCAGGUGACAAUGUAACAACUGGUACAACUCAAGCAUCCAACAUUUGGCAAUAGUAGAAGUCAGACACUUGGCCAUCAGGAAAUGAAGGAAACAUAUUUACUGAUGACUUUGGCAAUAAAUAUAUUAGAAUGA